AUGGCGGACUCUUCGAAACCCGCUCCGGCUUCAGGCCCGGCUUCUGCCCCGGCUCCCAAGCCGCAGAACCCAGCCAUGAGAAUGAUGGGAAUGCCCAACUUUCGCUUCAAGCUCCCCUCCCGCAAUUGGAUGAUCUUUCUCACCAUCACCGGUUCUUUCACGGCGGCCCUCAUCUACGAUCGCAAAGAGAAGAGUCGUACGCAACAGAAGUGGUGCGAUCUGGUGGCGCAUUUGUCGAAAGAAUCCCUUCCGGUCGACCAGACUCGCCGAAAGCUUACCGUAUAUCUGUCCGCUCCCCCGGGUGACGGACUCCGCAACGCCAGGGACCACUUCAAAGAAUACGUGAAGCCCAUCCUAGUGGCCGCGGCUUUGGACUACCAAGUCAUUGAAGGCAGGAGACAAGGCGACGUGAGAGCCGCCCUUUCGGAGCGGAUUCGCAAGGUGAGAAGGCAUGCAGGCGAGUCGAGUAGCGUCGUGGAGGAACCCAGCAUAGAAGACGUUGUGGCCGACGCGCGACAAAAGAUCGGUGUUACGGAUGAACCAGGACCGAAGGGCGAUUUGGUGAUUGGACGUCAUACCUGGAAGGAAUACAUUCGCGGUCUUCAUGAAGGCUGGCUCGGACCUCUCGACCCUCCUGCCGCCGAGCCUGUGGACGCGCCUCCGUCCGAGGGAGCAGAGGCAGUCAAAGCCUCUGACGAUGGCAAUCCCGCACCCGAGAACCCCGAAAAGACCGAAACACCCGAGAAGAAGGAGGAGAAGCCGAAGCCCAGCGGUCCGACCCCGGCCUACUUGGCUCCUGCCGAUUACUCGUCGCAAAGUCUCCCGCGCACUCUUCCCGAGUCUCUGGACGGAUCGGCUCCAAUCGCCUUCCCGCACAUCCUGGGCUUCUUGAACACCCCGAUCAGAGUCUGGCGAUACCUAAACCAGCGCCACCUCGCCGACACCGUGGGCCGAGACGUCGCUGGCAUCGUCCUCGCGUCGAGCACCAGACCCUACCACGACGGUUCGUUAGAGUCUGAAUUCAGCACCCCGAACGUUGAUGCCGGUCCAUCAUCCUCGGGCAACUAUGAGCAGCAGACUCUCCUCGAGGAGGAAGAGCUGGAAUGGCACAAAUCCGUGCACAAGACGGAUGAGUCGAAUCCCGACAAGGAACGCGAAUGGGUCGACGAAGUUGUCAUGGAUCCCCGCAUCGCUUCGCGGAUGCAGCGCUACAUCCUCUCGUCUGACGAGGAGGCUCGUUCGCGACGCAUUCUCGAGGGCGCGGAAUACAUCCUCGGCGAAGAGAGACCCCCGCCUGUUCCUUUCUGGAAACACCUGUGGAUCAAAUACGGCUAUGGCGAGGAUGAAGCCACCCUCAGAAGGAAGCCUAUCCUGGGCAACAUUGAUGAGGAGUGA